UCGCCCGAGGCCAUGGCUGAGGGCUCCGCCGCCACGGCCGCGGCGGCCUCGGCUCCUCGGCUGCGGGCGGGCGGGCGAGGAGGCGGCCGGCCGUGGGGAAGGAAGGCAGAGGGAGGAAGGCGGCGAGCGGGCGGGGGGAGAGGGGGCGGGCGGCGGGGGAAGGGGCGGGCGCGGCGGCCGCGGCGGCGGCGGGGCUUCCCCGCCUCCCUCGCCUUGGUGCGCCCCGCGCUCGCUCGGCCGCUGCUCGUCCCGGCUCCCCGCCUCGCCUCGCCGCAACCGCCCGCCCUGGCCGCGCCUCCUCCCGCCCUCCGGGCCGGCGCUCCGCUUCCCCCUUCCUCCUGCGCCUCCGCCUCCUUCCACACAAAUACCAACUCCUCAGCCCGAGCCCAGAUCUCGCCGCCGCCGCCACACUCUGCUCGUGCCGGGCCUCGCGAGACUUCCGCGCUGGCCUCAGCCCGCCCCGCCUCACUGCCACUCGCCCGCUCGCCCUCUCGCUCCUCCUUCUCUGCCAAUCGAUCUGCCCGCUGGCCGCCGAGGCCCCGCCCACUCGCCGGGCUCCUCCUGGAUUGGGGCCGGUGGGACCGGGGGCGGGGCCGCCCGCACGCGCGCUGGCUGGCCGGCCCGCGGCGCGUGACGUCAGCGCGCCGCCGCCGCUGCCGCUGCCUCCCGCCGCUCGGUGUCGCGCGGCUCCCGCCCUCCGCGGUGCAACAGCCACAAAACGCGCUGCCUCGGGCCCGGGCCGCACUCGGGAGCGGGGUGUCGCCGCUGCAGCCGCCGCCUCGGGAGCCGAUGUAAAGCUUCCUAGAUGGAGAAUAGAACUAUUCCACUUCUGGCUUCUACUUGGAAUGUGGAGUAGAAAUCUUCUGAUCCCUUGAGGAGCGGGAAAGAGUCUACGUUAGCUUUAGGGGUGAAUCCUGAUUGGUUAAACAACCAAGGCAGUCUUAUUCACUUCGGCUAGUGGUGGAUCUGCAGAGUGGGGGAGAAUGUGACCCAAUUCUGGCCAGUGAAAUGUAAAGGGAAAUGUGCUAUUAGAGAGGCUUCUCUUCCCUAAUAAAAACAUAGAACUUCA